AUAAUAAAUAGGCAGAGUUUUCCAUCGACUCUCGGUCAGAGUUUCUCCACGAAAAAGUUCGGAGCGAUGCGAUGUUUCGAGUUGUACGGGCUUUGGGCCUCGCCAAGAUAGUAAUAUGUGUUUUCAUCACAGCGUGGCCCAAACAGACAUCAGUGGUCUUUGCCCAACGGCUCGAUAGCAAAGGAGAAAAAGUCUUCACCAACGAAUGGGCGAUACGGGUGGAGGGAGGCAUCGAGACCGCCAAACGAAUAGCCAGAUCUCAUGGAUUUGACAAAGUUGAACCGAUCGGUACCUUGGAGGGCUUUUAUCAUUUAGAACAUGCAGAAGAACCACAUCGCUCGAGACGAAGCGCAGAAGGGCGAACAGAAAGACUCAUGCAAGACCCUAAAGUGAUAUGGGCGGAACAACAACACGAGAAAAUCCGCGUCAAAAGGGGCCACUUUCACGACCGCAUGAUAGCGAGAGGCAUCGUGCCUCGCUUCACGGACCCACUGUGGGAUGCUCAGUGGUAUCUGGACGAUAAGCGAGCGGAUCAAGACUUGGAUGUACACGUUCUUCCUGUUUGGAAUCAAGGCAUUACUGGAAAGGGUGUUGUUGUUACAAUUCUUGACGAUGGUAUUGAACAUAACCACACGGAUCUCAUCAGAAACUACGAUCCUCAAGCUAGCUGGGAUGUUAAUGGUGAAGACGGUGAUCCGUUUCCACGUUAUGAUCCCACAAAUGAAAACAAACACGGUACCCGCUGUGCAGGAGAGGUUGCGGCUCAAGCAAACAAUACCAUAUGUGGAGUGGGUGUGGCAUACAAUGCUAAGAUAGGAGGUGUGCGCAUGCUUGACGGCCGAGUGACUGACAAAGUGGAAGCUGCCUCGCUUAGUCUUAAUCCCCAGUUUAUUGACAUCUACUCCGCAAGCUGGGGGCCUAGUGACGACGGCGCGACUGUGGAGGGACCUGGGACUCUGGCAGCUGCUGCGUUUGAAAAUGGAAUCACAAAGGGUCGCGGUGGACUGGGUUCGAUCUUCGUCUGGGCGUCAGGAAAUGGCGGGAGGCAUGAGGACAGUUGUAACUGUGAUGGAUACACAGACAGUAUCUACACUCUAUCAAUCAGUUCAGCCUCCGAUCAUGGCGAGUCACCUUGGUACUCAGAGAGCUGUUCCUCUACUCUGGCCACUACAUUCAGUAGCGGAGCACACGGAGAGAAAAGAAUUGUCACAACCGACUUACAUAACGAAUGCACUGAAAGACAUACGGGAACUUCUGCUUCUGCCCCAUUGGCUGCUGGGAUUAUAGCUCUUGCACUGGAGGUCAACCCUCGUCUUACAUGGCGUGACAUCCAGCAUAUUGUUGUGUGGACAUCAAACUGGGAACCUCUUAAAAACGAUCAGGAUUGGAGUCCAAAUGGAGUCGGACUGCAUGUCAAUAGAAAGUUCGGGUUCGGUCUGUUAGUUGCGGAAAAGAUAGUUGAACUAGCCAAACCUACUACGUUUAAAACUGUUCCUGAAAAGACCAUUUGCCGAGGACAAAUAAACCAGGAUCGCAAGCCCAUCAAAUUUAACGAGCCUUUAAAGAUAACAAUGCAUUCUAAUGGCUGCACAGGAACUGGAGCCGAGAUUCGUUACCUAGAACACGUACAGAUCCUGCUAAGUUUGGAUUACACAAGGCGCGGGGACCUUGUCGUGUACCUGACAUCCCCAAUGGGAACCAAAUCCUGCUUACUGUCCCCUAGAAAAGAGGAUCUCUCCGACGAGGGCUUCACAAAGUGGCCCUUCAUGACAACGCAUUCAUGGGGCGAGGAUCCUAGAGGGACCUGGACUAUAGAGAUAAAGGACCUCGGUGAUAAUAGACCCAAUCACGGCACGCUAACCGAAUGGCAGCUCAUUUUACACGGAACCAAAGAAAAACCCAACCAUCAACCUAUUGAACACCCAGACAAACCACGCGACUCGGUUCCAGUGCCCGUUUCCUCGGCGCCUCCUCCUCAGUUUCAUCAAGUGCCCAGUGGACCGACUUACACAUUUGCUUCUCCUCCUUCGCCUCCGCCUCCGCCUCCGCCUCCAGCUCCAUCUACAGCACCCGUUAAAUACAUAUCACCUCAAGUGGUAACCUACAUGUCCACAACCUCUCCAGCUUCAAACUCGGCCGUCUUGACACUUGCUGCCCAAUCAGUAGUACCAUUACAUGAAGCCCCCAAACAACCAAGCAACUCAUUUAUAGCGAACAAUAAACAGACUGGUCAAACACAGAACACAAUAAAUGAACAGCAACCUAAUCUAGCACAGCUUAGUGCUCAAGAAGCUAUGUACUCCCCUUUACAAUCCCUGCACAGUAACUUUGUACCUGCGGAAUACCACCAGAAUCAAAUAGCCAAUUAUUAUCACUAUGUGGCGCCUGGAAAUCCUCGAGGUUAUAUUGCUCAAGUGAACCCUGCAGUACCACAAGCUAACGACCAGCUGGGAUAUCAACAAAUAGCCGGUUGGAGACAAGCCAGUGCAUAUCGUAAUCCGUUACAAUACAAUAGUUACAAUAAUUACCUGCGAACUUUAGGAAGAAGGGGUGCGGGACGGUCUUAUAUAGAAUACCUUAAAACCAAGAAGAACAAGUUAAAAACGGGUAGUUAACGAGUUGGAAUUUUUUUAUGCAUCUCAAUAGCGCGUGUAAAAUAUUUGGUAAAGGCUCAAUUAAUUAAAUAACUUGGUUUUUUUUUCUAUAAAUGUGUUACUCGGUGAGUAACUUCGGCGAGGUUAAGAGGGAAAUACAAAGAUUCUGUAACGUUACCAAUGACUCUAAAACAGAUGAAACACAACUAGAAUGGUAGCUAGAGUCGUCCCGGAACAUUUCUUUCUGUCACGGAAGCGUUGUGUGACGAAAUCCUACUGGUGUACAAGAUAAAUCCAGUCUCCUAAGUUCAGCUGGCUGGGCGGGGAACUGAGUACCAGUGGAAACUAAAGGAAAAUGAAAUGAGCUGCAAAACUCUGGCACAUCAAUAAACUUGUGCAAAGCGAAACGAGGCAAAACAGAAUCUUGCAAAGAAUUUGGUCCCCUUAAAAUAAUCGGCCUGAAAAAUUACUUAACCGUUCCUACUCGCCUUCAUGGUCCAUCCCUGAGCUGAGCUGAAUGUUGACAAUUGACGGUGGAAAGUCCCAGGAUGACUUCCAUGAUGAAAAGGUCGAGGAUAUUCGUCGGAAAAUUGGAAUUAAACCCCUAAAAGAGUCAAAACUGGGGCGUCGCUCGAGCUUUAUCCCCCCCUCCCCCAGCUCCCCGAGUAGAAAGUAUGGUAGUUACAUGUUAUUCGGUUUACGUUACUUGAGCUCCACGAUUGUUUCAAAAUAUUUCGUACAACCAGCUGUAGUCAGUUAUCGAAAUCGUGGUGUUUUCUCUUUGAACAAUAAGAAGCAGACCUAGAACUAUUUGCGCGUUCUCCUAAUCCCUACAAUAAAAAAGCCCAACUCCUUAGAAACUUUUGACUGACCACGUCACACGAAAUCUUCCAAACGUUUUAGCAAUGUAGGAAAAUUCAAACCUUGAAGAUCUUUUUUUGAAGCUAGAAAACACGAGACCCGAUGGUAAAACCAUAAAGGACAACAGACAGUUCGAUUUGGAACGAUUGUAACGAAUUACAUUGUGAACACAUUCAAUUUCUUUCUUAGCACUAGGCCUUUUUCCCUUUCAAUGCGGUUAACAGUUAAUAAUUCUUUGAGCUCUCCUAUGUGGGCAAGCUUAAAAGGGUCACUUCCUGUAAAUACGUCAUAGUAUAGUUUUUUUUUAAAUAUGGCAUAUCAGUAGGUGCAUAUUCAUUGAUUAUAAAAAAAGUCAACAGUGACACAACCAAGACAUCAAUUAACAGUGUCGGAAAUCAAUACGAAUCAGGGUCACUUUAAUGGAUGGUAUUAAACCAAAGGAUGGUAUUCCUUUGGUAGAAUAACUGUAGUGUUGAAGAUUUGAAAAUAAAUUUAAAGGGGAGUUUUCUAGUAA